AUGCCGCCAGCCCAGCUCUUCAGCUGCUCCAGGGGCCUGGAAAGGGGGACGGAGGGGGUGUGUCCCUUCUUGUACCAGGAGGAGGACGAGGAGGAGGACAAAUAUGAGCUGCUGCCACGUGAGGCUCUGCCCCUCCAUCUGGCCCCUGCCCACCUUGCUGGUACCGAGGAGGGCUCCUUGUAUCUGGAUCGCUCUGGCCCCCUGGACCCAAGUCAGGCACAGCUCACACUGCCUCGGCCCUGUGGUGAGGAGCACCCCCCCACCAGCCCCUCCCUCCCCAGGCUGCCCUUUCCCGAUGAGGGGCAGCAGCAGGGGGCAGCACCUCCAAAGGAUGGGGCCUACAGCUCCCAGCCCCUCAGCCUGGCUGUGCUCCGAGGCCCGGUCUACGACAUUCCCAUCCACAGGCUGGAUGGCGGGGGCCACUAUGCCCUGGCCCAGCAGAGCAGCCCCUUGGGCCCAGCCAAAAGCAUGUGCCUAGGGGAAAACUCCAUUUGUGCUUUCCUGGGCUGGGGCCAAAUGCCAAAGGCCAUAGCCCUGAACUCCACCCAAGACCUUUGGCACCGUGGGGAAAGGCCCAUCUUGCUCUGGGGGAGGUGGCCUCCUCCCACCAUGGCUCAGUCUGCACAGUUGAGAAAUGUGCACGAGCCCCCUGGCCAGAGCCAUGCCAUUGCCUCAGGAAGUUUCUCACACGUGAGGUUUAAGGGGCUCACCAGAGCCUGUCUCCCUGCACAGCUCUUCUCCUCCAUGGUGGCCAAGGUCCAGCACUACCAGCAGCGCCCCCUGCCCCUUGUGGACAGGCACCUUGGUAGCCGGCUCACCUGCCUGCUCUUCCCCACCAAGCCCUGAGGGCCAGGUACACACCCACCUUUGCUCCUGGCCCUGUCGCACCUUGAGCUGUCUUCCGAUCUCCUGUCUCCCUCUCUCCGACUCUCCCCAGUCCUUGCAUGAGAAACCUUGGAAAAGGUUACCAGGAGAGAGGAA